GGUGGGUUUGUGUUCCGGAGAUAUUCCUUGGGGGAAUGAAUGACUAUCCUUUAUUGCAUUUAUUGUUACAUUUGACAUAUAAAUUCCUACUGUCUAAUGUUUCAUGGCGUAUAGAAUGCGGUGAAUUUUGAAGUUCAGGCGUAGCAAGUAGGCGAGCACCAUCAGUUUAAUGUGGCUGUUCUUCUAUGGACUGGAUUCUUAUGGAGAAGUUGAGGUGCUGACUAUAAGAGCUCAUCAAUAUGAGUUUCAUACACCCACGAUCUGAUAAAUAAGAUCUCAGAGCUCUCGUGUACUUUGCAGACAUCUUGUCUGUUGAAAGUCAAAGAAGAACAGGCUGCGCUAUUUAAAGCAGAAGGAGCUUUGAUGUCGGACUACGAGGAGAUUAAGAGAGCGUCCAAAGAGAGGGCGGAUAUUGUGGCCAAAUAUGAUCUGGGCCGUGAGGAAGGAGCUCAGAUUGACCCCUGGGAGGACCCAGCCUUUGAAGUGUAUCAUGUCACGGACAGAUAUGGAUUCAUCCAUGACUCUGCUCUGCCAAAGAACGUGGAUGCUGCUGAGGAGAAGGCGAAGCAAGUGGAAAAUGAGAGGACAACAAAAUGGCUGAAAAUGGUGAAAUCUUGGGAUAAAUAUUAUCCUGGAGAAAAGCUGACAAGACGAGUGUACAAAGGUAUUCCUGACUGCUUGAGGGGAGAGGUUUGGUCAAAGCUGCUGAAUAUUCCCAAAGUGAAAGCGGAGCAGGAGAAUAUCUAUGAGAAAAUGCGUAACCGUGCUCGAACCAAGUCCACAUCUAUUCGGCAAAUUGAUUUAGAUGUCAACAGAACCUACAGGAACCACAUCAUGUUCAGAGAAAGAUAUGGGGUCAAGCAACAAGCUCUUUUCCAUGUUUUGGCUGCAUACUCUGUGUACAACACGGAGGUUGGCUACUGUCAAGGCAUGAGUGAGAUCGCUGCUCUGCUGCUCAUGUAUCUGAAUGAGGAGGAACGCCAUGAGAUGUACCCCACACUGUACACCAUCAAGUGGUUCCUCCAGUGCUUUCUUGACAGGACACCAUUCCACCUGACUCUUCGCCUCUGGGAUGUGCACAUGCUGGAGGGGGACCUGGUCCUGGUGGCCAUGGCUUACUGCAUCAUCAAAGUGCACAAACGUCGCAUCAUGAAAAUGCAGAUGGAUGAGCUUCUAACAUUCUUCCAGUCUUCCUUGGAGAAGGACUUUGUCUACGAUGAUGACACAGUUAUUGAGCAGUUGCAAAUUUGUAUUGAGGAGCUGAAAAAGGCCAAGAUGGCAAGUCCUCCCAAGGCCAAAGUCAAUGAGAAUCCUACCUUGCCUUUUGGCUUAGAGAUCCAGCCAAGCGUGGAGCAGCUUAUUGGCAAAAAGAGUGAGGAGACAGUUGAUGAACACUUUCGUAAGAACGCCCCACGAACAGGAGGCAAAGCUGCCUAUCUCAGGAGGAAGAAUACAGGUGGAAGUAUAUCAGGGGCAAAUAACCUACUUAGCACUCCAGAGCUCUCCCGGAGCCGAGGCGACUCUCGCUCUCUGCACUCUCGGUUGUCUCAGUACUCUAUAGAUGAUAAGUCAUCUUACUAUGACACUGCCACAAACUCGCGAAUCUCUCUGGCAGAUUUCAGCGCAAGAACGUCAGCUCCGAGCUCCCGGACUUCGUUUGGAGAGAGCUCUGAGAUGGGAAGCAUGUCUGCUAUUCACGCCCAUGGCUUCACCUCCCCCAUUGACCUGGAUGAUGUUGGAGUCGACAUGGCUACGCCCACUACGCCUACCAACCCCCCUUUGCCUGCACAAGAUUAUGCCCCUUCCAACAGUCCUCCCCCAGUCAUGUCACAAUCCUACGAGAUGGCGAGACCAUCAUCUCACUCCCAAGCUCAUCAGCAGACUGCUGUUAUCCGGUCGUCUGCUUCGUACGAACUGCCUCCUCAGGCCAAUGUCAUUUCCCGGCUAGAACACUCUCCUCGCCAGGUGGUGUCCUCGUACGAACAUACUCCACAGCCAAGGCCUCCCCCUGCUCGUGAUUCACAAAGAACUAACUCGGCCGUGUUGGCCUCGCGUGAUGGCGGGACCAGAUGGUCUGGCCUCAGUCACGACCAUCACCAACGCAUGCGCAACACACGUUCGUACGAAAUGGACUCUGGUUCCUCUUUCCCUCCUCCUCCUCCUCCUCCUCCUCCUCCCCCUGCUGAAGAAGUGGAGAUGCACACACCACGGCAGUCAGCCUCAUUCGAACAAGAUCAACAACGCACUUCUCGCACGUCUUCAUCCUCUCCGUACGAACAGGCUGUUUCCAGGCAGUCCCCGUCUCCUGGUCACAGCUUUUCUCCCAUGAUCCUCCAUGCAUCGACUGCUGUAGAAGAUCGCCCCCCUUCGGCUGUGACGGGAGAGGACAACGACUCUACGAAAUCACCGGGGUCGGUGGCUUCAGAUUACGACAACAUCAACGGCAUGUACGAGGACAGUCAGGAAGACGCUCGCAGCCCGAGCUUUAUCCGAGGCGACGGGGUGACGGUCAUCCCGGUCAGCAAGUCUGAUGGCUUCGUCUCCUCAACUCAGGAUUCGGAAAUUAUUAUCCUGAAUGGUCACGACGGUGCUAUGACGGCUCAGAUGAAAAUGACGCGCACGGAAGGGGACAUUCAGCGUGUCCUGCAGCAGGAUCGGACAGACUCUCGCCACGUCGACUUUCACAACGGAUACCAAAUUGAGCAGCAGAACUCGUACCAGAUGUCAGAGGCCACCACCUCACAGACUCGGACAAUGUACAGCAGGGUUGUGGAAAAGACAGCUUUUUUAUAGUUUUCUAUGUGAUUUUAGCAUCUCUACUUGUGGUCUGUGACAUCUUCUAUUUCUGCUUGCCAGUAUGUUUUUUUUCUUCUCAAUUUCAUGCUUGUCUGUGCAGAAACAUAUUCUUUACGACAUGAAUAGUAGGCACUUUGACUCACAUUUGCUCAUGAUUCUUGUUUACUUUCUCGGUAUGUUGUGUUCCAGAAAGGGAAUGCUCAAAUACGAGCUUUUGUUUUCACCAAUGGAGGGUGACGGGAGACUAGUUGACUAGCCUACUUGAAUCCCGUUUGAAUCCUACAGUUGAUCAAAUUAAGAUUAAACCAUUUAUCUGGACUAGGUUAAAAUAUUUUCCUUCAUGGAUAAGGGACUCAAGUUAAUACCCCGUGUUCCCACUUUUGGACCAUAUUUUUCAAAGAAGAAUGAGAGUAGAUUGUGUUCCAUAUCUGGCACAAACAUGUACGUGUGACUCAAUCUUCAAGUACUAUGUUUUACUAUUGCUAUUUUUCUUUUAAAUCAUUUGCAGAUCUACAUUGAUAUGUAAUCAGCACAGAAAAAGAUAUGUAGUACUAGUUGUCCUUACACUUUUAGUGAAAAAACCCCCAAGCGUACUGGUUUUCCAAAUUGAAGCCUGCUUUCAGAAGUGAACAGGCCAUUAA